CUUUAUAUUUUAGAGUCUCCUUGAUGAAAGGUAAACUAUGAUUAUGUCUGCUGACACUAUAAAUUUAUGCUUAAGAGUGUGAUUUAACAUGCAAUAACAUGUGAAUUUAUCUCUUCCACCUCUUUUGUUUCCUCCAAUUAGUAAAUCUAAUAAGACUGAGGUACAUCUUUUAUAAUUUGCUGUCAUUCAGAAAACUAUAUUGUCAUUGAAGUCAUGCACCAUUUAUUUGUUAUGGUAAUUAACAAAGAUAAAAAUUCAACUAUUGAUUACUUAUUUUUUAUUCAGGUGUGUACAUCUUAAAAAACUUGUAUUACCAGCGUGGAACCGAAUAAAAAGGACAAGCAUAUGCAAGGUCAUACGUUCAUGGAAAGGACUCGGAUCACUCACAAUGCCUAGCAUAGCUAAUUCCCCGAAAUAAUAAUAAUUUAUUGGGUUUCUAAUCUAAUUUGACUGCAAAAUGGUUCGUACUUUGCAUAUAUACAUAUAUAUCAUUGCUUUUCAAUUAUUCUAACUAUUUGUUAUGUUUAUUUAUUAUUAUGAUAUAAAGCAAAAUGUUAACGUUGUUGUUUAUUGGAUUUGUAACUAAUUAUAAAUUAUACAUGAUGACUUAGAGUCGUUCACGCAUUCUCCGCAGCAGAACGCAGGCUUAGUUGCUAGUCUUAUUAAAAGAACAAGCAAGAUUUUACUAUUCCUUGGAGUCACAUCCAAUAAGUGACCCUUUUGUAAUUAGCCAAAACUUGGAGGGGUUUUAAUGCCAUUGAGGUUCUAAUUAAUUAGCUUAUGACAAUUGAACCCAUUUGAACCAAGUCAAUGGGUAUUUGAUCUAAUUCAAAAAGUUUUGAUGACUUUUGCGUAGAGGAAGACUUUUACACGCUUUGUAAUUUAGGUGUUGUGUAAGUGUAAAUUUGUUAAAAACUCGGCUCCCUUGUUCUCAAGCCUUUAAUGCAAUUGAGGUUCUAAUUAAUUAGCUUAUUACAUCACCUAGGAUUAUUAAAUACACUUGUAUAUCCAAAACUUUCACGGUUGUGCCAAUAAUAUCCAAAUUUCCCGAAAUACCACUUAUAUCCAAUUGCUUCACAUUCUUUAACGGUGUUUUUGGAUAUACAAGUGUAUUUAACCACAAAUAUAUUGGGAAAUGGAUAGAUUUGGCAAAGAACAACUUUAAAACAUGGAUAUAAGUGGUAUUUCGGAAAUUUGGAUAUUAUUGGCACAACCGUGAAAGUUUUGGAUAUACAAGUGUAUUAAACCUAUUUUUUAUUGUUUUUAAAUAAACAUAUUGUUUAAGUAUGUCCUUUUAUAACAAUUGAACCCAAAUUCAUGUGUGUUUGCAAUCGAAUCAAAUUUGAUUCAAACAUGAAACGCAUGUUAUGUUUUUAUAACUCAUGAAAGUUGGUUGAUGCUGCCAUUUAGUUCUGCAACUGCUCAAUUAACUAUUGAACUAUGUGUUGUUUAACUAAGAUAUGUCUAUCAAUUGUAAGCACUAUUUGCUGCUCAAGAGUGACAACUUAAAUAAAUGAAUUUCAUUUUCUCAGGAACUGAUUUCUCUACUGUCAUAGCAUCCAAAAUAAAAGAUAUGAUAAUCACUACCACCGGGGAGAAAAAUGAUUGAUGGGAUCAUGGGAAUGACACAAUUCACACUUCUCCUAGGCCUGUCAUACAUGUAUGUGAACCUCCAUAGAAAAGGUAAUUAAUCAACGCAUACAUACAUGUAGAUCCUAAGCACAUACUGAUUGCUCAAUAUGCAUUAUGAAUGGAAAUUCAGUCCCUUUUUAGGACGAGGAAACGAAAGGGAUAAUGACAUGAUGGUGUGGGUGAGAUAUAUAUAUAUAUAUAUAUAUGAGUUGGUACUGUAAAUGGACUGUCUGGUUACUGCAAAAUGGCAUUAGCUGGUGAUGACAUUUUAAGAAUCCUUUUGUCCUAAACACAUAUUGAUAUUCCAUCAUGCAUUUGGAAAGAAAUCCAAUCCCUUUUUAAUUAAGAUGCAUAAACGAAAGGGAUAGCGAAAGGGUGUAGGGGAACAUGUCUGAGCUGGUAUUUAUUAUAUAUGAGUAGAAUUUGGGGUUCCUGCAGAAGGCUAAUAAUUGGUGUUAGAAAUUUGUUGGUUUCCUCUUUUCUUGGUCAUUUUAUAAUUACUUCAUAGGAGUUUUACCUCCUAUAAACUCAGGAUCAUUAACUUUUCUAUCUUUGAUUUGGGUAAUUGUGUUGUCUUUCCUCCCAACAUUGUGCAUUUUGCUGCCUAAGAACAGAGGAGAACCAGGCACCUCAGUUGUCUAGAGAAAAGGCGGAGGAGAAGCAUAGAAACAUCAACAAAUGUUUAUGGGAAGAUUUUGGAUUGUGAUUGAAUGCACUGGCAGUAUGAAUGUUGUUUGACUUAGUGCCUCAUCUUUAGUUUCGAUCUUGAUUUUAGGUCCAUGUAGAGUAACUUUUGAUCAAUGUUUUACUUUUGUUUACUGUAACACUUAUUGUUUAGUGUUCUUGCUAUACCAACGUAUUUACUUUUCAUAUUACACUACAAUAAUUCUAAAAUCAUAAUUAUAGAUUUUCAAAUAUCGCGAAGCACAAACGAGCUGGUCUUUGCUAAUAACAAACUUUAUCAAGCAAAGACGCCUCUAUCAACGACCCGGCGCGAAGCGCUGUACUAGAUCCAAUUAGUUUAACUGUGUAGCUGCUAGGGCUGCAAACGAGUCGAGUCGAGUCGAGUUUUUGCUCAGCUUGAGCUCGGCUCGUUUAUAAAUUUUUCAACUCGAGCUCGGCUCGAACUCGAAUUUUGAUCAUCUAGCUCGAGCUCGAGCUCGACUCGAUUAAAAAUAAUCCAGCUCGAGCUCGGUUCGAUAGAACUCGAUAAAUGCUCAUUAACACAGCUUGUCAAGCUGAGUACAAGUUCGGCUCAAGAUGAGCUUGAUUUGAAAUCAUUCUUUGUUGAAAAAUGUGUACAAAUAAGAAUAUUAGAAACUAAAAAUGAUAAAAAGAACACUAAAAACUAAAAAUAACAUUUAACUUUCAUUCACAUCCUUAUUAACAUGAUAAUUUUAUGUUCAAAAGAGUAAUUAAUCCUUCCACAAGCUCUAAACAAGCCAGCUCGCGAGCUUAGCUCAACAAGCCACCGAGUCAAGCUAGCUCACGAGCUUAUCAAGCUGAACAUGGUAUAGCUCAAGUUUGGCUCGUUUACUAACGAGUCGGCUCGCGAGCCGGCUUGUUAAAUAACGAGUCGAGUGUCGAACGAAUUUUUUUCGAAUCGAACGCCGAGUUGCUCGCGAGUGGCUUGGCUCAUUUGCAGACCCGAUAUCACCCUAUGGAAAAGGACACAAGAACAGUCGACCGACAGUCCCACACUGCCAGCACCAGCACACUCCCAAAGCAGCCAUGGAUAAGCGGUUAAUCAAAUCAAAUAAUAUAUUCGCCCAACUACUUCGACGCCAAGUUGAUUCCUCCCCCUUAAAUUGGCGGGGAGCGAUGGUCGCUGCCCCCGCCAAAUUGCAGCUCCAGCUCCAUUCUCCCCUUAGGGUAAAAUCCUCACACUAUCUCUCCAUCUCGAUCACCCCGAUCCCCAACCCAUGGCCGUCGAAACAGCGAUGGUCGUCAUCCUAGACCACCACAACCCCCACGAACCCGCCGCCGACUGCGGCUUCUCGGCGUUCUUCGACGAAGAAGAAGAGGAGCAGCUUCUUUUGGAGGCCCUGGAUGCGGAGCUGGCUCAGGAGCUCCAGUUCCAGGAAGCUCUCCGGGCGUCGCUAAUCAUCAGCAGCUCUGACUCUUCCCCCGCCGCCGCUGCCGACGAAACGGAAACGGCGCCGUCUUCACCAACUGCGCCGCCGGCAGAAAAUCAGAUCCCGUCGGGCCCAUAUCCCGAUUUCCAGGCGGGAGUUAAGCGGGAAGCAGGGGAAUCGUCCCUCUUUUUCUGCGAGAUUUGCAGGGAGAGGAAGGAAGACCAUCAGGUGGUGAGGAACGUCUACGACGAGAAUGGCGGCUGCAGCUGCGUUUGCUUUGACUGCAUAAAUGUCAACGCCGGCGGGGAGCGGGUCAACAACGGGUACUACGAGAAGAAGGGGAAGACGAAGAAGCUCAACAAGAAGAAAACGGUGGCUAAUCCUAAUUAUAAUAAGGAUCAUCGCUCGGGCGCCAGCAGCAAUCGCAGACAUUUCCCCGCCAAUCGCCCGCCGCCGCCACGUGUCAGUUCACCGUCUGUCUAUGAAGUGGAACUGAAAGAGAAGCUGAGGAUGGCAAAGGAGGAAACCAGAGUGCUAAGGGAUAAGAUCCAAUUGCAGCAUCAAGAGAGCAAGGAAGCGAUGGAUUUCCAAGAGCAGUUCUUCAAGGAACAAAUCAAGAGCAUUCUGGAGGGAAGAGUUGAUGACUAUGAUGGUGGAAAGGAAGAGAAGAAGAAGGAAGAAGUUGCUGCAGAUUGCAAUUCAGUUGAGCCUGAACCCGAAUCUCUGCCCACUAAGCAUCUGAACAAAGGAAUGCAAAGGAUCAUGGAAGAGAUUCAGAAGAUGAGGAUUAACAAAUGGGAGGCUGCAGAUCAUAAGUCAUUUCAAUGUUGAAACUAGACAUCUCCAUCUCACUAGACACUAGAAGUAGCUGUAGCUGGCUACUGGAGCAAUGAUGUCCCUUCAAGAUUAGCAGAUCGGUGAUGUUUUGGUUGUUGGUUAUUGGUUUCGAAAAUAGAAUCUUCAAAUGGAGAUGGUGAUCAAUCUUUCCAUCUCAUCCUCUUAAGAGAGAAACUUGCCCUUCAUUAGGAGAUCGUUAAUCUAUGUUAAUUUGGAAUUUUUGGCUAUUAUGUCUUGGAUUUUUAGGAAAGCAUGUACUUUGGGAAAUGAUGGAAUAUUGUGAUAUAAGUUGAUAAAAAUGCCAAAACUUUACUAGUGAAGCCCAUCUCCAAGUCAUCAAGUCGGUCGUAGGCAAGAUAUGUUAAUAAGAUUUAUAAUUAAUCUUAUAUUUAUAUAAUUCGAGUUAUUGGAAUACAAUAGUUUGGUCAAAGGGUUAUAGGUAUAAUAUGCCCCUCUACUAUGUGAUUUUAUCAAACAUGUCUCUCUACUAUAUUUGACAUCAAACAUACCCCUGUACUUUGGAAAAAUUAUCAAACAUGCCCUUCUUUUAAAAUUUCUAUUGAAAAAAUUAUCAAUCAUGGUUGAACCGAGCUUUAGACGACCCGACAUUAGAAAAUGGGAGGAAAUAUGUUAAUUUUGUCCCCUGAUUUAUUUCUCUAGGUCUUGAUAAAGUGAAAUUACUAGUUAUUUGGCUAUAUAAAAGAACCAAAAAAUUUAUAAAUUGGAUUUAUUAGGGAUAUUUGAGACAUUUGUGUUGCCCAAACAAGGUUCGGUCAUGGUUGACGGUUUUUGUAUGAAAAUUUUAAUAGAUGGGUAUGUUUGAUCAUUUUUCCAAAGUAUAGGGGCAUGAUUGAUGUAAAAAAUAGUAGAUGGGCAUGUUUGAUAAAAUGACAUAGUAGAGGGGCAUGUUAUAUCUAUAACCCUUUGGUCAAAUGAUAGGACUUUGCUACGGUAACUUGCACUUUUAGGUCGACCUCAUAUAAGAUUAGGUCGACCUAAUUUGUACUUUUAGGUCGAUCUUAUAGAGCAUUAGUCGACCUAAUCUGCACUUUUAGGUCGACCUUAUAUAGGAUUAGGUCGACGUAAUAUGUCGUUUCAGUUUUGUGAGGUUCAACGACGCGGUUGACAUUUUAUAGCAAUACAUCUCCUUGGAAACACAGUCUGUUUGGCAGAAAAAGGGGGGAUCUGAGAUCGCUUAGAACCCGAUUUUCCCAGGUAAUGCGAGGAUCAUGAUGAUCGCUUAAGACCCCAUUUCCUUAGACAUGCAUUUCUUUAUAAAAAGUCUAAAUAAGUGUUGCUGUAUUGAUUUAAAUUAAUGAAAAUAAUCAAUACGAUUAACAAUUAAGUAACUUAUUGUACAAGCAAAUAAAUUACGUUAACAAAAUAAAAAUUACAAGUGAUGAUAAAUAAUAUGUACCUUGUGGUCGUUCCGAACGUCUCUUGAACGAUGAUUGUAUUGAUCGUAUAAAAUAGUCAGAUCAAU